ACAAUGUCGGUAACGCCCAGUGAUUUGUCACUCAAUGGGACAAGCUUCUUCUCUGAGAACCAUGGUGUUAUGGAUCAGCCCAGCCAGCAGAGAACUUUGAAUGUCUUUCUCUUCUGCUUGACUUUUAUCAUUGCAUUCACAGCACUUCUGGGCAGCAUUUAUUCACUAGUUUCCCUGAUGAAAAUGCAAACCAAAACCACAGUUUCAGUGAUUGUCACCUCCUUGUCAAUAGAUGAUUUAAUCAGCAUCGUGCCAGCGAUUAUUUUCAUGCUCACCCAGUGGUCGAGUGAUGUCCUCCCUCAGCCUCUCUGCACCACCUCAGCACUCAUAUAUUUAUUCCAGGGCAUUUCUAGCAACCUGAAAGGGUCUCUUAUAGUUUCUUACAACUUCUACGCCAUCAACAAAACCCAGAGGAUGAGCUGCAGCACUUCCAGGAGGGAAGUGAGCAUGGUAUGGGCCAUUCUUACCAUCUGGAUAUUCAGUUUGCUGAUCUGCAUUUUGCCUCUCUGUGGUUGGGGCAGUUACAUCCCCACCUCCUGGGGCUGCUUCACCGACUGUGCCAGCUCCUACAUCUUGUUUUUGUUUAUUGUCUACUCCCUGUGCUUUUGCCUCCUCACAGUGCUGUCUGUUCCUCUAACUUACCAGCUCCUGUGCUCAGAUGAGCAACAGCUUUUACACGUGGAUUACCAGGAAAUCUCUCGAGGCUGCAUCACCCCUGGGACACCUGCAGGCUGUGGUGCCACUACCCCCGGGCUCUCACCAGUCGACCCUGUGGAUAAAACCCUGAAGCAUUUCCAAAACACCUGGCCAAGCCCGGAGGCAGUUCUUAGGGAAGGUGUGGCUGAGGGAACACCCCGUGGCACCAGCAGCACCCAGAGCAGGAGCUUCCUGGUGGGCUUUGCCCAGAAACGCUUCUCCCUGAUCCUUGCGCUGACAAAAGUGGUGCUCUGGCUCCCAAUGAUGAUACAAAUGGUUGUCCAGCACAUCACUGGUUUCCAAAGCCCUUCAUUUGAGAUACUCAGCUUCCUACUGACUUUGCUGGCUGCCACAGUCACCCCAGUAUUUGUCCUGUCAGAACACUGGAUCCACCUGCCAUGUGGCUGCAUCAUCAAUUGCAGGAGGAAUUCAUAUGCAGUGUCCUCAGAAGAACUCAAAAGCAAACGCCGGGGUUUCGAGUUCAACCUCUCCUUCCAGCAAGGCUACGGCAUCUACAAAAUAUCCCGUGGAAACCACCCCUCUCUUCGUGCUGGCUCUGACCCCCCCUCCUCUCACACCCUGCUCAGCUCCGACCGCCAGAAGUCCCGAGGAGCCGGGGCAGGGGCCGAUGCUGCCCCCCGGGCCGUGCCCUUCGCCUUCAGCAGCUGCGCGGGUGCGGACAGCGGGGAGGGGCCCGAGAGGAGGAUGUCCCAUGAGGAGAGUCCCCAGCCCCAGCUCACGGACUGGGAGUGGUGCAGGAGUAAGUCGGAAAGGACCCCCAGGCAGCGAUCAGGUGAAGCCUUAGCUAUCCCUCUGUGUGCUUUCCAAGGAACUGUCUCUCUUCAGGCACCCACAGGGAAAACUCUCUCUUUAUCUACAUACGAGGUAAGCACUGAGGGGCAAAAAAUAACUCCUGCCUCAAAGAAAAUUGAAGUGUAUCGAUCUAAAAGUGUGGGUCACGAGCCAAACCCUGAGGAGUCUCCCAACACGUUUGCUGACACCAGUGUUAAAAUCCACUUAGAGGUUCUGGAAAUCUGUGACAAUGAAGAAGCCCUGGAUACUGUGUCAAUCAUCAGCAACAUCAGCCAGUCCUCCACACAGGUGAGAUCUCCAUCCUUACGUUAUUCCCGGAAGGAAAACAGGUUUGUCUCCUGUGACUUAGGGGAAACUGCCUCCUACUCCCUCUUCAUCCCAUCAAGCAACCCUGACAGUGAUAUCAACAUCUCCAUUCCAGACACUGUGGAAGCUCAUCGGCAGAACAGUAAAAAGCAGCAUAUGGAGAGAGGUGGCUAUCAGGAGGAAAUCCAGAUGUUGAAUAAAGCAUACAGGAAACGGGAGGAAGGUGGCAGCAGCAGUUAA